GCUUGAAAUUUCCACUCGCCUGCUCGCCAAUGGCGAGUGGAAAUUAUGGUGGGUUGAAUGUGUCCCCCAGGGCCAUCUUGCUGAGCAGGCUUGGAGCUCAGGCCGGAUCUGUCAUUGGCACUGGGAGCCGUCAGAUUGCUCAAUAGCUGAGCGCAGUGAAAGCAAAGCAAGGAAUGUGUGCUGUGCUUUUUGCCUUCCCCUAGAGUGCAGUACCCGGAUCUGUGAGUGAACAACGAAGUACUGCAACGUUUUAUGGGGGGAGGGGGGUGGUGUGUGUACAUGGGGGUUGAAUUAAUUUUGGUCACAACUGUACGUGUACAUGUGUGUGUGUGUUGUGUGUGUGUCUGUGUAUGCAUGUACAAUUGUACAUGGGUCUGUGUGUAUCUGUACAUGUGUCUGUGUAUGUAUGUACAUGUGUCUUUGUGUGUGUACAUGUGUCUGUGCAUGUAAAUGUAUCUGUGUGUAUACAUGUGUCUGUCUGUGUACAUGUGUCUCUGUGCGUGUGUGUGUACAUGUUUCUGUGUGUGUGUGUGUGUAUGUACAUGUCCAUGUGUGUGGACAGGUGUCUCUGUUUGUGUAUGUUUGUUGAUGGC